AUGUAUUUCAGUCAAUUGUAUACUAUUUUCCUUUGUCUUUGUAUCUUCCAUAGAGCACUGGCUGCUCCUCAGAAGGUUCUCAAACCUACAGAAGACCUGUUCUAUGACGCGCCAAAAGGGUUUGAAGAUGCUGAAAUAGGAACCAUUUUGAAGAUACGAAAAACUCCUCACAUGCUAAGAAGUGUCUACAUUCCUAUCAAUGUUCAGAACUCGUGGCAAAUCCUUGUUAGAUCUGAGAGUGCAGAAGGAAAUGCCACCGCAAUUGUCACUACUGUAAUCGAGCCAUAUAAUGCAGACCCUUCUAAGUUGGUUUCGUACCAAGUCGCAGAAGAUUCUUCUAGCGAAAACUGUGCUGUGUCAUACUCCCUUGAGUUUGGUGCUUCAAUGGAUACAAUAAUUGCCCAGGUAGAGAUGUACUUUAUGCAAGCAGCAUUGGAACAAGGAUACUAUGUGGUUACUCCUGACUAUGAAGGCCCCCAGGCCUCAUUCACUGCUGGUAGGCAAGCUGGGCAUGCAGUGUUGGACUCGAUAAGGGCUACUCUUGCUUCUUCCAAUGUCACCGGUGUGGACCCAGAUGCUGAAGUGGUUAUGUGGGGAUAUUCAGGAGGAUCUUUGGCUAGUGGGUGGGCUGCAGCCCUUCAGCCAAAAUAUGCUCCUGAAUUAGAGGGACAGAUUUUGGGAGCUGCUUUAGGGGGUUUUGUCACUAAUAUUACCUUGACAGCAGUUUCUGUAGAUGAUAAUAUUUUUGCUGGCUUAAUCGCAUCAGCAAUCAAUGGAUUAAUGAACGAAUAUCCCGAGUUUUCAGAAUUAGCAAAAGACAUGAUAAGACCAGAGAGAUUAGAGAAUUUCUUGAAAGCUGAUAGCUACUGUAUGGUUCCAUCUCUUAUUCACUAUGCUUUCGAUAACUUCUUUGUUGGGAAUGAUUCUUAUUUUACACAAGGGUUGGAUGUAUUCAAAAUUCCCUUUGUUCAAGACAUGAUCAACUCAAACACGCUUGCACUCAAAAACAACACAGAAAUACCACAAAUACCUCUCUUCAUCUACCAUGGAGAGCUUGACGAGAUAGUUCCUUUCUCUGGUUCCCAGAGAGCGUAUACUAAUUGGUGUGAAUGGGGAAUAGAAUCCCUUGAGUUCUCGACGGCAAUGUUGAGUGGACACAUUACUGAAUUCUUCAUGGGAGCACCAGCUGCUCUUACUUGGGUAAUAGAGAGAUUUGAAGGCAAACAGCCUGUAAAAGGUUGUCAAAAGACUCAAAGGUUGACCAAUUUGGAUUAUCCAGGCACUCCCGAAGCUCUCCAAAUCUAUUUCCAAGCUGCGUAUGAAAGUGUGUUUCAAAUGGAUGUUGGUCCUAACGGAGAGAACUUCACAAAAAGUGAUCUCCAAAGGCUUGCAAAGAGAUCAUUUAAUGGCUUUACACCAAUUGAUACUUCCAACUUAAAAAAGAGAUAG